AUGGGAGGGGUGAAUUCGGAAACUAAAGAAAUUGAUUUACUUAUUGGAGCCGACGUUUGCGGUAAACUUUUCACAGGUAUUAUUAAAUCGGUUUCAGAAAGUUUAGUUACUUUCGAAACGCGAUUAGGUUGGACACUUAUGGGUAAAACUCGUGAUCCCGAAAACAGUAAUAGUACAAACAUAGUUUUGUCCCUUCAUGUGGCUCAGGCUGAAAUUUCGGAUCUCUGGAAACUAGAUACGUUAGGGAUAUUAGACCCAGGUGAAAAAGAAUCAAGAGAAGAAAUUGCAAAAGCUACUGAAGACCAUUUUAAUCGCAACAUUAAGGUACUUGAAGAUAGGAGAUAUGAAGUGAGCCUUCCAUGGAUCUUAAAUCACCCUACUUUGCCUAAUUAUAGAAGUGUUGCUGAAAGAAGAUUGAAGAACUGCGUUGAGUCCUUAAAGAAAUCAGAAAUAUUAGAAGAUUAUGAAGCGGUAUUUAAAGAAUGGUUGCAAGAGGGAAUUAUCGAAGAGGUUGACCCAGACGAUACAGCCACCAAUGAACAUUUUUUGCCCCACCGAGCAGUGAUAAAAGAAAAUUCUACUACCAAGAUCAGACCUGUUUUUGAUGGUUCGACCAAAAUAAAAAAUUUCCCCUCUAUCAAUAAUUGUCUUGAAAAAGGACCUAAUCUUGUGGAGCUCAUUCCUUCAGUGAUCAACAGAUUUAGAUUAAAUAAGAUUGGAGUCAUUGCAGAUAUUCGAAAAGCUUUCUUACAGAUCCAACUGAGUGAAGCUGAUAGACCUUUCCUAAGAUUUCUAUGGUGUGAAAAUGGAGACCUUUCGAAGAUCAAAAUUUACCAACAUAGAAGAGUGGUGUUUGGCUUGACUUGCAGUCCAUAUUUGUUGGGAGCCACCCUACGGUACCAUUUGAAGAAAGCGCCAGAAUCAAUGCUGGAAACUGCAGUUAAAUUAGAAGAAUCAUUUUAUGUAGAUAAUUGCUUAACCAGUGUUGAAGAUAGAGAACAUUUGCACAAAUUUAUGACUGAAUCGCAGUAUAUAUUGAAGAGAGCUCAAUUCGAUCUAAGAGGGUGGGAGCAUAGUAUCCUAAAUUCACAAGAAGUAGCCAUCCCUAAAGAAGAAAGAAAAGUACCAGUUUUGGGACUGAUUUGGAAGUUAAGUACUGAUUCAUUGACUUUGGACUUAAAGGAAACAUCGCAGGCCUCUGAGACUUUAACCAAAAGAAAAAUUCUGUCUGAAGUUCACAAAGUAUUCGACCCCAUUGGUUACACGUGUCCAGUAACAUUAAGACCGAAGAUCAUGCUUCAGGAGUGCUGGAAGCUAAAAUGCACUUGGGAUGCAGAAUUACCAUCUUCUAUUAGAAAAACGUUUGAAAAAUGGCAAAAACAACUAAGUCAAUUGAAAGAUAUAACCAUUCCGAGAUGUCUCUUGGACAAUCCUGAAGGUAGCUUAUGCUACAUGCAUAUUCCUGAGAAGCCAAACGAUGACUCGACAUCAUGUCAGCUCAUUCAAGCUCGAUCUCGAGUAGCUCCUCUAAAACCCGUCACAAUACCCAGACUUGAACUUUUAUCCUGUACAAUUAGAGCUAGACUGGCAUAUGGAGUUAAAUCAGACUUAAGACUUGAAAAUAUUCCAAAUUUUUUCUGGUCAGAUUCAGUAAAUGCCCUCUUUUGGAUAAAAAGGAAUGAAAAUUGGGCCCUUUUUGUUUACAACAGAGUCCAAGAAAUCAGAUCUCUCAGUUUGCCAGAAGAAUGGAAUUAUGUUCCCGGAACUCUUAAUCCAGAUGAUCUUCCCUCACGAGGAUGUUCUGCAGAGCAUCUUAAGCAAUCUAAAAGGUGGGAGGGCCCUAUGUGGCUGAAAGAUCCACCACAGCUCUGGCCAAAAGAUACUAUCGAUCUAGAUUUGGACAUUAUCAACGCUGAAAGAAGAAAAACGGUAGUGACUUCAACAAAUUUAUUCAAAGGACAAACUCCGUUAUAUGAUACUUCAACAUCAUAUCGAAAAAUGAUAAGGGUAACUGCUUGGAAUUACAGAUUUUAUAGAAACAUCAAGAGUGCUACGGAUGAACGAAACUUCGAGAAACAGCUGACUAUUGAAGAAAUGAAAGACGCUGAAAUGGUUAUUAUGAAGUACGUGCAGAACAGAUGCCUAGCAGAAGAAACCAAGCAUUGCCAUACUUCUUUACAAACUAUAACGGAUUAUGAAGGCCUUAUACGAGUCAGAACAAGAAUAGCCAUGAGGCAGGAUUUGAGAACAUUUAAGUAUCCUAUUGUUCUACCAUCUGACCAUAAUGUCACUCACUGCCUUAUACUUGAUAAACACAAAGAACUAAAUCAUGCCGGAACUCAAAUUGUAGUGUCAGUUCUAAGAGAACAAUAA